AUUCGUUAAAUCAAUAAAAAUUGUUGAUCAAUCGAAAGUGGGUUAAUUGGUAAGGCGGACGUUCCAAUUCACAACCAAAACACGUUUAAAGACUAGUUGACAUCUUGGUACUUUCCCGCUGCACUCUUAAUUAAACUACAUCUUGCCUUUGAACCACAAUCAACUUCCUUUUCCUUGGUUAACCUCUUUGUCUCUGAUUAAGACAAAUUGUCUCCUACCAUAUUUGUUGGAAUAUUUUGGAAUAGACUUAUUAUCCUAAUAUUGUUUGUAUUAACAAUGAACUAAGCUAAAUAAAUAUUAAACAAUGUAAUGUUUAAAAUAAAUUAGUAGAAAAGAAUGGUUUAAGUAUAUUAAACGCAAGGGAUGAAUGGGGAUAUACCCCAACCCGUUGAACUGCUCUGGAUGAAAACAUCAAAGACCAAGACCGAUACAUUGGACUUGUUGGAAAGGUUAUAGUGCGAUAGUUCAAUUGUUAUUAAAGGAAAAUGUUGUCUUAAUGCAGCAGAUUUUAAAGGCCUAACUCCUUUGAUGACCGCUUGUAUGUUUGGAAAAUUUGCAACAGCAGCAUUUUUAUUAGGGUUUGGUACAUUAGGACAUUUAACAGAUAUAAAUGGUGAUACUGCCCUUCAUUGGGCUGCAUAUAAAGAUCAUGCAGAACUAAUAAAAUUACUCAUAUAUAGUGGAGUAGAUUUACAAAAACCAGUUUACUUUGGAUCUACUCCACUGCACUUAGCAUAUCUUUCUGGCAAUGUCAGUUGCGUUAAAAUAUUGUGUGAAAAAAGUAAAAUUGAAUUAGAACCUUGUGAUAAAAAUAGUAAAACACCAUUUCAGCUGGCAAAAUGUCACAGACAUUCUGAAAUUAUAAGAAUACUUCAAGCUAAACAAAAACGACGGUCUUGAUGAAUCCACCUAUCAAUAAACUUUGCACGGUAAAGCGUACCCUCACGAGAAACCAAUUAAUUUUUUAGAACAAAACCUAUGCAACAACCUAAUUCAAGUGUAACCUGAGAUAAUUAUACGUAUAUACAAGAAACAAUAUACCUAAUAUCUUCUGGUAUCUUCUGAGAUGAAAUUCUGAGAGUCUAACCCCUAUUAUGCCUCCAUCGUCUGAUCGUACUAAUCGAUAAUCGAUUCAGCGCGUCCCUGCGUACUGCGUCAUCUUCAAAAUCGCGGGAAACGGAUACGUAUAUCUUUAAUUCGAGGAUUAUUCGUUAUUUAUCAGUCUUUCCAAAUUCUUGUGUCAACUUCUAUUGAAGAUCAAGUGCUACGCAUCAAUAAGAGAACGUGUCAUUGUAAAUAGCGUGUCAGUUUGAAAACAUGUUCGUCGGAAAAGCCGUACAAGGUGAAUACAAGUAUUUGAUUCAAAACUCCAACAGUUUGGACGAUUGGAGCACGAGGAUGGAAGUCGCAAUGGUCUGGACGAGGCUCGAGGAAGAGGCCUCCGCGAGGAUCCCCGGGCGCAGCGAAGAAGGAAGCGGCGACAGGUUGUGUCCCGUAGCGUUAGCCAGUAGAAUAGUAAGAUGCUAGUCUUCCCGGUGACCGAGGUGUCGACGAGGAUGGGAUGGAUGCUGUCGCAUCAACAGCAGCUUCGUCUGCUCCUGUUGAUCCUGGUGCUGUUGUCUCCCCGUUUGCCGGUCCGCUCCACGCCGGCCGACAUAGUACAAAGGUUUCACGAUCCGGAGGUGAAACGUAUGAACCAUUUAGUCGUGGACAAGAACACAGGCCGGGUGUACGUGGGUGCGGUGAACCGGCUGUAUCAGUUAUCGCCGGACCUAUCGUUGGUGGUGAAAGAAGUGACCGGUCCUAAGGGUGAUUCCACGGCAUGCUCGAUGAUAGAUUGUCCCCGGGAGAUGCCAACGAGGCUGGUGGACAACGUGAACAAGGCGUUGGUGAUAGACUACACGACCACCAGGUUGAUAUCGUGCGGUAGCUUGUCGCAGGGCACCUGCACGGUCAGGAAUCUUCAAAACAUCUCGGACGUGGUGCAAGAAGUGAAGGAGGCGGUGGUGGCGAACAACGCGACCGCGUCGACGGUCGCCUUCAUAGCACCCGGACCACCGAAUCCCCCCGUCUCCCAGGUAAUGUACGUGGGCGUGACUUUUACAGGGAACUCGCCGUACCGAUCCGAGGUACCCGCGGUCAGUUCACGUUCCCUCGACAAGGACAGGAUGCUGAACAUCGCGGAAGCCGCUGUCACCACCGGCACCAGGAUGUACAUAAACUCGUUGGCCCGCGAGAGAUAUCCCAUCAAUUACGUGUACGGAUUCAGCAGCGGCGGUUUCAGCUACUUCAUGACCACCCAGAUGAAGAACACCGAGACAGCGAUAUACAUAUCGAAGCUGGUGCGGGUAUGCCACGACGACGAGCAUUACUACUCGUACACCGAGAUACCGAUCAACUGCACCAACGACGGCAUAUAUUACAACCUCGUACAGGCCGCGUACGUGGGUAAAGCUGGAUCGGUACUGGCCGGUGAUUUGGGGAUCACCGCACAGGACGAUGUGCUGUUCGCAGUGUUCGCCGAGAGCAACGGAACCAACAGCGACUCGCCCAAGGAACAUUCCGCGCUCUGUGUCUACUCGUUGAAGGCUAUCAGGAGAAAGUUCAUGACCAACAUACAGAAGUGCUUCAGCGGCGAAGGACAUAGAGGAUUGGAGUACGUCUCUCCCAGUCAUAAGUGCAUCUUAACGAAGCUGCAGACGAUCGGCGAGGAUUUCUGUGGUCUGGAUGUGAACACACCUCUGGGUGGAGAGGAUCCAAUGGAAGGGUCGCCGGUGCUCACUUUCAAUACCCAUCUGACGGCGGUCGCUGCCACUUCGACCGGUGACUACACGGUCGUCUUCGUGGGCACGAACAAGGGUCACCUGAAGAAGGUCGUGGUGGAGAGUUCGACCCUGGCACUGGAGUACGGCGACCUGGAGAUCGAUCCAGAUUCCCCGGUGAACCCGGACCUGUUGUUCGAUUCCCAGCUGAUGCACCUGUACGUCAUGACAGAGAAAACUGUGUCCAAGGUUAAAGUGCAAGAAUGCUCGGUGUACAAGACCUGCCUCGACUGUCUGGGAGCGAAGGAUCCUUACUGCGGUUGGUGCUCGUUGGAGAACAAAUGCAAUCUUCGGAGCGAUUGUCAGGACGCUGCGAAGGAUCCUCUCUAUUGGAUCUCGUACAAAAGCGGCAGGUGCACGACCAUCACGACCGUCACACCGGAUCAACUCCAACGCACGACCGCCAGAACCCUGGAGCUGGUGAUCGAGAAUCUGCCGACGCUAUCCGGACAAUUCCUCUGCGCUUUCUCCACCCUGGACAAAACUCUGAUCACGAACGCCUCGAGAAAAUCCUUCGGAGUGAAUUGCACCACGCCGAGAACCGACUUAUUACCUCCGAUCCCGCCGGGACAGCACCACUUCACCGCAAAAUUAUCCGUCAGGAUGACGAACGGGCCUGACCUCGUCGACACAAACUUCACCUUCUUCGACUGCAACACCUACAGCUCCUGCACCCAGUGCGUAUCCUCCAGCUUCCCUUGCGACUGGUGCGUGGACGGGCACAGGUGCACCCACGACACGGCUGAAAAUUGUCGCAAUGACAUAUUAGUCACAGGAGUUAGCAGGAUGGGCCCAAGUUACAGAAGCGGUCCAGCUUUCUGUCCAACGUUGAAUGCAACCGGUUCCCCGGAGAUCCUGGUCUCUUCCGGCGUGAAGACAGUGAUCAAAGUCAAAGUGCACAUCAUCGGGCAAUUCAUCGUGCAGACACGGUUCGUGUGUCAGUUCAACAUAGAGGGUCGUGUGACCAGUGUGAACGCUCGUUUACUAGCCGACACGAUUUACUGCGAGGAAACUGAAUUUUCCUACACAUCCCGUGCGGCGAACAUCACCGUACCUUUCGCUGUGAUCUGGGGCGGUUCGAAGCCCUUGGACAAUCCGCACAACGUUCACCUGGUGAUCUACCGUUGCCGGGAUAUGGCUGAGAACUGCGGAAUGUGCCUGGCUCUCGCGCCUAAGUACGACUGCGGAUGGUGUCAGAGCACUGACAGAUGCGAGGUGAAGGACAACUGCGAACGAGACGCAAGCAUGUGGUUAAACAGCAAUCAGACCUGUCCGAAUCCCGAGAUACGCUCGUUCGAGCCGAUGAUGGGGCCUUGGGAAGGUAACACGAACGUGACCAUCCGCGGGAUCAAUCUGGGCAAAACGUUCAAGGACAUCUAUCGUGGGGUGAUGGUGGGUGGAAUGCGAUGUCAGCCUUACGCAGAGCUCUACAUCCGAACGAAGCAGAUAGUCUGCCGCGUGGAUGGACCCGGUACGAUGGAAGUUAAAAAGCGUGGUCCAGUGAUCGUGAAGAUCGAAGACUUCAGGGGCCAGUCAGAGCACAGCUUCGAAUUCGUAGAUCCUCGAAUCCUUUCCAUAUCCCCGAAAUACGGUCCCAUGAGCGGAGGUACCACGGUUAGGAUCACUGGAAACUAUAUGAACGCUGGUAGCACCAUCGAGGCGUUCAUCGACGAGCUACCUUGUUCGAUAAUUAGCGCCGAGAUGCACGAAGCUCUCUGCAUGACCAGCGCCAGUAAUCGUACCAGAAACGGCGUCGUAAAGAUGACAUUCGACGGUGCGUUCCGAAUCUACGAUGGCUUCUUCGAGUACGUAGACGAUCCGAAGAUCGAGAGCGUGGAGAGCGGUGUCGCGGGUCAAAUGAAGAUUCCGAAAGGCAUUCCAGCCGGUGGUAUUAAAAUCUCAGUGACUGGAAAGAACCUCGGUUACAUCCAGAGUCCACAAAUGUACGUAUACUACGACGAGAAAAUGUUCGUAUCCCAGUGCGAGGUUCACAGCCAGGAGAGCAUGAUCUGUAAGUCGCCUACCAUCGAGGUUCCCGAACACGUGGUGUUGGAUGCUGAAAAGCCAUUGUUGCUGGAGUACGGUUUCCGCAUGGACAACGUGACGGGCGUGCAGAACCUGUCGCGACACGGAUUCCAACACUUUUUACUCUACCCGAAUCCCAUUUACGAGGUGUUCGACGAGGAGAUCAAGUAUUACAAGAGCGACUACCUGACCAUCAACGGGCAACAUCUCGAUCGUGCCUGCCAAGAAUCGGACGUGACCGUGCAGAUCGGCAACGCGUUCUGUAACGUCACGUCUCUAUCGAGGCAGCAGCUCACCUGCAGACCACCACUGACCCAACCGCCGGCUAUCGACGCGUACGGUUCGCCGAACAAACAGGAACUGCCGGAGGUGAUCGUGAUCGUAGGCGGUACGCUUCGUUACAAUAUCGGGAAACUGAGCUACGCACUGCCAGCCGGUCUAAACGGGCCCUUAUCUAAACCGGCUCUGAUCGGCGUAAUAGCCGCCAUAGUGAUCCUUGUGUUCGUGUUCAUCGCCUUCCUCAUUGCCUACCGACGCAAGUCGACCGAGAGCAACCGGGUAUUGAAAAACAUGCAAGAGCAAAUGGACAUUCUUGAGCUUCGCGUCGCGGCUGAAUGCAAAGAAGCAUUCGCUGAACUGCAAACCGAGAUGACUGACCUAACGGGCGACCUGACCAGCGGAGGCAUACCAUUCUUGGAUUAUCGUACCUACGCGAUGAUGAUAUUGUUCCCAAGUGACGAUAACAGCCCGGUAUUACAAUGGGAUAGACCAGAAUUGGCUAGAAAGGAAAAAGGAUUGCGUCUCUUCGGGCAACUGAUAAUGAACAAAACUUUCUUACUUCUCUUUGUACGCACUCUGGAGAGUAAUAGAUACUUUUCCAUGAGGGACAGGGUGAACGUGGCUAGCCUUAUCAUGGUCACGCUUCAGAGUAAGAUGGAGUAUUGUACGGAUAUUUUGAAGACCCUUCUUGCGGAGCUGAUAGAGAAAUGCACGGAAGGAAAGAGUCAUCCAAAGCUGUUCCUCAGACGAACGGAGAGCGUGGCUGAGAAAAUGUUAUCAGCCUGGUUCACUUUCCUUUUGUACAAAUUCAUGCGAGAAUGUGCCGGAGAACCUUUGUACGUGCUGUUUCGAGCUGUGAAACAACAGGUUGACAAGGGUCCCGUUGAUGCCAUCACGUCUGAAGCAAGAUAUUCGUUGUCAGAAGAGAAGCUGAUCAGACAGUCCAUCGACUUUAAGCCAAUGACGGUCUAUGUAUCAAUAUCUCAACAAACAGUAUUCGUCGGAGGUAUGGAUCCAAACACGGAAAACGUGCCCGUGAAGGUACUAGACUGCGACACGAUAUCACAAGUGAAAGAGAAAGCAUUGGAUACGAUCUACAGGGCAACGCCUUACAGCCAAAGGCCCAGGAAAGAUGAUCUCGAUCUUGAGUGGCGGACUGGAGCAUCCGGUAGAUUGAUCCUCUACGACGAAGAUUCGACGACAAAGACGGAAGGCGAAUGGAAGAAACGGAACACACUGAAUCAUUACAGGGUACCAGACGGAGCCUCGCUCAAUUUAGUUUCCAAGCAAUCAUCGAUCUACAAUCUGUCGAUCCUUUCGGAGAAGACGGACAAAUCGCACAAAUACGAGACCCUGAAUCUUAGUAAAUUUAGUUCAGCUAGCCCUCCGCUAUCGCGUGCCACAUCGCCGUUGAAUCAAAAUCACGACGGCGGAUUGAAGUGUUGGCAUCUGGUGAAACACCACGAUUCCGACGUGCGAAAAGAAGGAGAUCGUGGAAACAAAAUGGUCUCGGAGAUUUAUCUAACGAGGUUACUAGCCACUAAGGGUACACUACAAAAAUUCGUCGACGAUCUGUUCGAAACGAUCUUUAGCACUGCCCAUCGAGGAUCGGCUCUUCCCCUCGCAAUAAAAUACAUGUUCGACUUCAUGGACGACCAAGCUUUGCAACACGGCAUAUCUGAUCCUGAAGUGGUUCACACAUGGAAGAGCAACUCCCUUCCCCUUAGGUUUUGGGUAAAUCUCAUCAAGAAUCCGAAUUUCAUCUUUGAUAUACACAAGUCGAACAUCGUGGACUCGUGUCUGUCCGUAGUCGCUCAAACGUUCAUGGACAGUUGUUCCACUUCGGAUCAUAGAUUAGGUAAGGACUCACCGAGUUCUAAGUUGCUUUACGCAAAGGACAUUCCAGUGUACAAAGAAUGGGUAGAACGUUAUUACUCAGAUAUCAAAGGGAUGCCAGCCAUAUCCGAUCAAGACAUGAACGCUAUGCUUGCCGAAGAGUCUAGGUUGCACACGACGGAAUUCAACACGAAUUGUGCCCUGUACGAGUUGUACACGUACGCGGGUAAAUACAACGAACAGCUGAUAGUCACCCUAGAGGAAGACGAGUUCUCGCAGAAACAGAGAUUGGCGUACAAACUCGAGCAGGUACACAAUAUAAUGGCGGCGGAUAACCCCUGAUGUACCAUGAACUCUAUGAAACAUAUGACAAAGCCCGCCCGCCAAGAGUUACCCUGCUGAAUACUCGACCGAAGUUAGGUAUUCUCAAGGAAGCACCAAGAGGACUGGCCUAUCUUGUAAUCGAUCGUCUCAGGUUUCCGUGCAAGCCAGUUAACUCAGCUUAGUAUGCGAAUUAUCCGAAGGAAGAAGAAAAUUGCACAACGGACCGAUUCAAGUUCCAACGGGGGAUGUUAUAAUUGUAUACACGAGGACUUGAGUGUUUUUUCUUUGUGAACAAAGUCUUCUGAAUCAUUUGGUCGCUGGCUUAGGCCAGGUGUGGCGAUGAUCGCGGCGCAUUACCCACGCAUAAUUGUACAUAAGAUACCAAAAUCACGAUUAACUGUAAUAGAAUUAUUGAUGUGCGUUCGCCACCGGCCGGCGGCCACAGCCACACAAAUGAAAAAACUGAGAAAGAUAAGCAAAAGGAAAAGAAUUUCUCGCGCGUCAAAUCGUGUCCACGAUCUUCUACUCCAUCGCGUGUCGCGAUCGUUGGAUAGAAUUAAAAAUGAAAUGAAAAAAAAAAGAUCGAAGUAAUAGAACAUUAGUGAUAUAAGUGAGUGAACGAAUCAGCCGAUCGAUCCGAUAAAUUUGUAAAUGUGUUUUUUGAAACGGUCGAUCACGACCGUCGCUAUAUCGGGCAAUCGGCGAUUUUUAACGAAGAAACAUUUCCAUCCACCGCUACUAGCUGAAAUUUUUUGAAUUACGAACUGACGAAUUUUAAUAAAUAAGAUUAAUUAACGAUUAACAAUGAUUAAUUAAACAAUAUGGGUAUAUUAUAUAUACAUGGAUGGUAUGUCGUAUGUAUAUGUGUACAUAUAUACACUUUAUACCGGCGCAAAAGUAUGUGUGUAUGUAUAUGCAGUAUCCGGAAAACGAGCGCCCGUACAGUAUCGGCGAGGACGUCAAAUUAAUUUCUCAUGACAUUUUAAUCAUCACGUAAGAAAAAAGAAAAAAAAGAAAAAAAUUAGAACGACGUCGUAACAGCAAUUUCCUCGUCCAAUUUCUGAACAUGAGAGCCUUUGCCAGUCGAACAUAUCGCCGUACUGUACGUACGCUAUACAUUACGCGUAUUAUUUAUACUUACAUGCAUCCAAAAGGAAAAAAAAAUGGAAGGAGUCAUCCGCGAAAUCGGGGACAGACUGUGUAUUAGUUGAUAGGUAUUAAUCUAUGGACUAUGGCCGUGCGCGAGGCCAGCUCGAUGUGACGGUUGUGUUGAGUGUGCGUGCUUCCCCUCCUUGGUCUCCAGCUCAUUGUCCCAUUUUACCAUUAAUCGUUCGUUCUCAUUGUCGUGCAUCCAUCAUCCCGAUGUUCACACCUUUAUCAUUGUCGCUAUUUCAUAUUCAUCGGAAGAAGAAGGAGUUAAAAAAAAAAAAAAAAGAAGGAAACGUCAACUCCCCUUGUCCUCGUGUCAUCAUUAUUACCUCUCUAUCUCUUUAUAUUACAUGUAGUAAAGAUGUUCCAUUAUCGGGCGCCUCUUUCUCUACUCUUUCUGAUCAUCCUAAGAAAUCCACAUUUGUGCCACUCUCUAUCUUCUCCCUUGUAAUGCUUCAACGCCUCCGUCGUCAUGUUGUUGUCACUCUUAAUUAUUGUAAUAUAUAAUGAAUAACGAUCACUGUUGAGUAUUGUCUGAUUGUAAUACAUUGAUAUUGAAUUGAUAUGAAUUGAUAAUCAUUAAUUAAAAAGCGUAACAUUAAACUUUGUGGAUGUAGCCAUAUUGGUAUGGGUGGAAGUUCCACGAAAAAUAUUUAAAGAAAAAAAAAAAAAGUAACACUGAUGCGAAUGAGUGGUGGGAAGCCGUUCGCGAUGGACAGUGCUCGUAAAAAAUAAAAAAUAAAAUAUUCUUUAUCGUAGAAAACGUUUUACCUGCGCGUCAUUUUUAAGCGAAUCGAAUCGCGUGUUCGUUUUGUUCGCGUAUAGAGGGAUCAAAAGAAAAAAAAGAAAAAGAAAAACGACGUGGUCGAUUUCGAGAACCCUUUCGCCAAGAAUUUUUUACGAAUUCCUUGUCUCGUAUCUUCCAACUUUCUCAUCGUUAAGUAGUACGAUCGUUAAUUAUCAUUUUUGCAAACGCACAUUAUAGGCCCAACGACGGGGUUGUUACAAGACUUGUAGAAUUCGCGUAGGGGGUAAUUUCGACGAUCAAGACUAAAUAUAUUGUAAAAGAAUUCAUAUCGCCGAAGGGGCUCGAGCCAAAAAAGGGGGUCGCCUUCGAGGGUUCUGUCGACGCGAGCGGCUGGUAGCGAAUGAGAAACCGUUCGUGUAUAUGCGUGAGUGUGUCCCGUGCGUCAAUUCAAUGUGCAGUUGUCAGUGGAGAAAGUAUUUAUUGCUCAAAAAACAUCGGAAGACCGUGUGUGGAAAGGUAAGGCAGCAGGGAAAGGUGCGGAGUUGGUAGGCUACGGGAAAGGAACGGGGGAGGGGGGGUGGAAGAUAGAGAGGCGGUGAACGUACGUAAAAGAAGACGAAGAAGAAGCUGAGGAAGAAACGAAUCAUAGACAGGGUACGGCGUCAAGCUGAAGAAAUAAAAAAAAAAAAAAAAACAUGAAAAAGGGUGG